UCAGUCGGGACAAAGCGCCUGUCACCUUCGCGCAUCAUUUUUGCCCGCAUCAUCACCUCCGAUAGACAUCGCGUCGAACCCGGAGUUUCUUUUCUACUGCUUCCUGUUUGCUUUUUCGUGUGCUUGACUUGCACCUGAUCCGUCGUCGUACCAGACGACACCAAACCGAGCUACGCCCCCCCCCCCCCCCCCCGGCCCAAAACCCGCGCCUGAGGGAGAAGCGAAAGCAUCCAUCGCUCGGUCGGGAUGGCGGACGGAGCCGGAACCGGGGAUGGCCAAAAUGGAGCUCGAAAUUCGGCCUCCGCCAGCAGUGAAAGUGGACCCGAGCCAAACAGUCCAUCUGGUGGUCACGUGGAGUGGUGUAAACAGUUGAUCGCCGCCACUUUGUCCACUCACAUCUCGACAGCCUGUAACGUCGUCACCAAGGGAGAACGCAAAGAUUCGACGGAUGAGAGUCUCCGUUACCGCGGAGACGAUGACGCCGAGCAUCCCGACAACCCUUUGAACCCUGCGGCACCAAGGCUGAAAAUGAGUGAAAAAAUGACUGCAGUUCCUCUCCUGCCAGGGGAAAAAAUUCAGACUACCAUUGAGGACGUGACAUACAUUUGUCCCUAUAGGGGUCUGCUCAACGGAACUCUGACCAUCACUGACUAUAAGCUCUACUUCAGCAGCAUGGAAAGGGAUUGCCCGUUUAUCCUGGCUGUGAACCUGGGCGUCAUUAGUCGACUGGAGACGGUGGGCAUCCCCGACCGAGGUGACAACACCGAGGGACUGGAGCUGGUCUGCAAGGACAUGAGGAGCCUGAAGUUCGCCUACAAGAUGACGGCAGACCACGCGGAUGUGGCGGAGACAAUUGCCUCGCGAGCUUUCCCGCUGUCCCGCCAGCUGACCUUAUUCGCCUUCCGCUACGAGCAGCGCUUCCCCGUGGACGGCUGGAAGGUGUACGAGCCGCUGGCAGAAUGGCGGCGGCAGGGUCUCCCCAACGAGAGCUGGACCAUCAGCCGACUGAAUGCGUCCUAUCAGCUGUGCGAAACGUACCCCGCCGUCCUGGUGGUCCCUGCCAACGUCUCGGACGAGGACAUCAAGCGGGUGACGGCGUUCCGAGCCAAGCGCCGCAUUCCGGUGCUCUCUUGGCUCCACCCCGAGUCGCACGCGGCCCUGGUGCGCUGCGGCCAGCCACUGGUGGGCCCGACCGACCGACGCUGCAAAGAGGACGAGCGCCUCCUCCAGACCAUCAUGGACGCCAACGCGCACUCCCACAAGCUGAGCAUCUUCGACGCCCGACAAUUCAGCGUUGCCCGCAGCAACAAAGCGAAGGACGGCGGCUACGAGAGCGAGAGCGUCUACGCCAACGUGGAGCUCAACUUCCUGGAGAUACCGAACAUCCACGUGAUGCGCGAGGCCCUCAGGAAGUUAAAGGACGUCCUGUACCCCGACAUCCAGCAAGCGCGCUGGCACUCCAACCUUGACCACACACACUGGCUCCACUACAUUCAGCUGCUGCUGUGCGGAGCGUCCCAGAUGGCAUCCAAGCUGGAACGCGCAAAGACGUCUGUGGUGGUCCACUGCAGCGACGGCUGGGACAGGACGGCUCAGCUGACGUCUCUGACCAUGCUCAUGCUGGACGCCCACUACCGUACGCUCCGAGGAUUCCAGGUUCUGGUGGAGAAGGAGUGGAUCAGCUUUGGACACAAAUUUGCUGCCCGGGUGGGCCACGGUAACGACGACCACAGCAACUCGGAGCGCUCGCCUCUCUUCGUUCAGUUCGUGGACUGCGUGUGGCAGAUGACCCGGCAGUUCCCGGCGGCGUUUGAGUUCAACGAGCUUUUCCUGCUCACGCUGCUGGACCACCUGUACAGCUGCCUCUUUGGAACCUUCCUCUGCAAUAGCGAGCAAGAGCGUACGGCUCAGGAGCUCCAGACCCGGACAGCGUCCCUGUGGUCCUACAUCAACAGCCAACCCGAGGACUUCAGCAACCCGCUUUACGUCCACGAGGACCACAGCGUGCUUUACCCGCUAGCGUCCUGCAAGCAUCUGGAGCUGUGGACGGCUUACUACGCACGAUGGAAUCCUCGCAUGAGACCGCAGGUGGCGCAGCAUCAGACACUGAAGGACCUCCUGCUGUUGCGGGUCCAUCUUGAGCAGAGGGUGGAGGAGCUGCGCAGGGAGGUCCAGGCUAACUCUCCUGCGGUCUCGCCCGAACACACCUCCGGGACCACUACGGCCACCCCAGUCUGACCCAUAUGCACGCCCGUGUGUGUGAAUUGGACGGUUAACUUACGUUUACCUUCUGAGGCACAGGUUUUACCCCUCCCACAUACCUUCACCUGGGAAAAUAUCCUUGAAAAUGGGCGAUCUGGCGGGGGCUGACUGUGGCACAAAUAUCUCAGGGCCUUUUGAUGCGUUUACGGCGCUCACCUGAAAAACUGAGAGCACACUUUCGAUACUUUGUAGAGUGGAUUUGCAGAACUGAAACCAUGCCAACCUUUUUCCAACACCAAGACGACGACAUGGCCUCUCAAAUGCCGCAGGGAUUGAAAGGUGACAUGGUACAAAAAAAAAGAAUUAUUUCCCAGAUACUCGUAAUAUUUUGAUAAAAGUCU